GCUGUUUUCUCUUGAACAUUAUUACAUUCUACAAACAGCCACCGGGAUUGUCGCUGCCAGUGGGAUGCCGGACACAAUUAAUAACGUUAGAGAAAGACCAAAGCUACACUCAUUUUUUGCUUUAUCCAAUAUAUUUUCGCUAUUAAUCAAGACAGGGGUCGUCACAAGCGGAAUAAGUUAGCUAACGUUAAAAUAUAGCUUAACUUGAACUAAUUAACAGUUUUGUUCUCACCCACAAAGAAAAAUGUCGGAGGAGAGCAUUAGCUUGUUUCAGUUGUUGGAUUUAGCCAUCGGGACACCCCAGAGAGGAGCUGUCAACUUCAGCGCCCUACACGCCCUGCUCCACGCUGUGCUCAGGCAGCUGGAUAUCCGGGAGAUAAAGACCCCGUUCAGGGUCACUCCUCCCGGCGACAUACACCCUGUUGCUCUGGUGGGUGUCACCACUCCCCAACUGGACCACGACACAGAGGAGGAACAGCACCAGGUGCACAGAGACAUUUCCACGGUGGAGCAGGAGGUUCAGCCAGGCACCGAUCUGAAGGAGCGGGCAGCCUCCUCCUCAUCUCCGACCCCCUCCUCCGGUCCCGCGGCAACCGACCAGUGGACGCUGCAGUCCCGCAUCCAGACCUGCGAGGACGGCGUCGCCAAGGCCAUGAAGCCCAUUCAGGACGUCCAAAGCCAAAAUCUGAAGAAUCUGAAGAAAGAGACAAAGAAAAAGAUGAAGGAAGAGAGGAAGGAGGAGAAGGAAGAGACAGAGGACGAGAUGAAGAAAGAGACGGAGGACGAGACGGAGGAAGAGAUGACGGAAGAGAUGAAGAAAGAGACGAAGGAGCUCCGCCAGCAACAGAAGAUGGUUGGUGCUCCAUCAGGGACGGCCUCCGAUGUGGAGAAGUGCUGCCGCCGCGUGGACGCUCUGGAGAAAACUGUGAGAUCUCUGAGGAACACACUUCAGAAGUAUCCAGACCCAAAGGAGCUGAGUCAGUGUGUGACCUGGGACGACAUGCAGAAGGAGCUUGUAAAUUCAGGGGUUGUUGAUCCAGCCACAUACAAACCUUUCAACAGCAACUUCACUGCUGUAAGAACCUCCUCCCCCCACCCUGUCAAGGAUACUGGCAGGCCAGCAGCUCCUAGUUCUCCUUCCAUUUCUGGACAGAUUUCAACGGACACCCGGACGGCCACGGAGCCUCCUUCAGUCCCGUCAGGGCCACCACAGCCCCUGGCUCGGGAGGCCAGCAGCUCAGAGACGGCGGAGGCCCUGAAGAACAUCGGCAAACUGAAGGAGGGGUUCGGCGAGCUGGAAGCUCGUGUUGCUGCGCUGGAAGAAGAUAAGGUGGACCAGUCACAGCUGAUGCACCUUAAAAAGCUCAUCGCUAACCACGAUUUAGAUUCCAAGGAUGCAUUGAAUAACCUGAUGGAUCAACUGAACCAGCAGCAAGCUCUAAUAGACAGCCUGAUAAGGGACCGGGAGAAGCUGGACAUGUUUAUGAACGUAACUGGCCACGACAGAGAAACCACCUCAGAGGCAGCUUCAGGGAGCGAGGAGUCAGACAGCAAAGCCUCUCAUGAGCUCAGACAUCAAAUAUCCUACCUCAGGAAGUCUUUGCAGAAGCUGGAGGACGACAUAAAGCAGCUGAAGGCUAGACAGGCUUCAUCUAUGGAGAGAGCAAAAGACCGACACCUACAAGAUCAGCUGGACGACCUGCGAAGCAUGUUGGAGGACAUGAUGCAGUCCUUGACCUGUCAGCUGUCCGAUGCUGGGCUGGAUGAGAGCAAUGAUAGCCAGGGCAUCGGUCAGAGUAAAGAUCAGAGAUCAGAGUUUACCACCAGCACAAUGAACACUGGCAGGAAGCUCAGCCUUCUGUUCCAGCACUAUGAGCAGCUGCAGGACACAGUGAGCAGCCUUCUCCAACAGCAGACUGGAGGCAGAGCAGGGCCACUGAAGGACAUAGAGGACGUGGAGCUGGUGAACGAUGUGCAGAAGGCGAUCCUGCACCUUCAGGCAGAGUGUCAAAAGCUGCAUGAAACCACCAGAUGUCUGCACGAGGACAACAGACAGAAACAAAGCCACAUAGAGGAGCUGUACAAGACGACAGAGGAGCUGGGGGAGAAGAAGGCCGACAAGGAGAUGGUUGAGAGUGAAAUCAAAGCAGAUAAAUUUGCUCUGGAGAGCAAAGUGAGCCGUCUGCAGUUUGACUCUGCGACAGAGCAGCUCAACGCCAUGUUCCACGAGCUGCUGAACAAGGUGACCGGUCAUGAGCAGGACUGGCACAAAGUCAUCGACAAACUCUCUACUGAGAUGGAAUGUAAGUUGAACAGGAUGGAGUUGGACUCUGUGAAGAAGCAGCUGGAAAAUCGCUGGAAGAACAUCCACGAGAAGCUGCAGGCUCAGGGGGCUCCAGAGCACGAGGAUGCUGCUGGUAUCAGAAAACAACUGGUGGACAGAUUUCACUGCCUCUCCUGUGACCGACCUGUUGUCAUGCACACCCCCGGACAGCAUCUGGCAAAGCAGCCGUCCACUCCUGGAUUCCCCUCACACAAGUCCAUCAGGCCGUUUACUGUUUACGCUUUGGAGCAGUUUCGACAGCACUACAGGAGUCUGAAACCAGGGUCCAACCGCUACAACUUUGUGGUAGCUGGCAGGAGAAGGGAGCAGCUCCAGAACAGCCAUGCUGUGAUGUGCCGGCAGAUAGAGAGCAUGCAGAGGAAACACUGUGACAGUACCGCCAGCUAUGGCACCGCGGGUGACAGCCUGAUCCAAAACCAGCCAGGAGACCUGCACGAGCGGAUCUCUGAAAUGACGGACUACAGUCACCUGGCCGCGUCGCGGAGCUGCGGGGGGAGUCACACAGUCACCAUGGCAGGCCAGCGACGCCCCGUCCUGCAGUACAUGAAGCACAACCCCCAGACAGAGGUGGACGCUGUGAUUCCGUCGGAGGAGGUUGAUAUCAUUGGACUGGACGGGCAUAUUUACAAAGGUCGCCUGAACGCAUCUACCAUCAGAAAUACAGAAACUAAACUACCUACAAUCUCUACCAAAGACGGCAUGUGCAAAACCAAAGACAAGGCCAAGUGCUCCCCGUCCCACAAACCGGCUUCUUCUCCGGAGCUGGGACACGGCCCUCCGGUUUAUCCCCCCCACAGUGCCAAGAGUACCCAGUGCAGCCGCUCAACCUCCAGCAGCUCCGGGCGGGACUGGCCCGUGUCGGCUCUGGGCUGCACGUCUCAGCUCGGCUCCGUCUCUCCGGCUUCAGCUGCAGCAGAGAGCCUGAACACAGAGCCUGCUGCUGAGCAGCUGCUCAACCUGUAAGGGCCAUCACUCAGCACUCUACUGGUUUUCAUAUGUAAUUAACUUGUAACCUGCUUUAAUCUAUUUUUAGUGUACUUUUAUUGAUUUGUUGCUUAUUGUUGUAAUGUUUUCUUUUUUUGGCACUACAUGUCCCAUAAAUCACCUGUCAAACACUAAGUCCAGCACUGUGACGUCUCUUUGGAUUCUUUUUAUUUUUAAACUUGAGUGUCUGUGAUCGGCCACUUUAAAUAUUAAGAUAAAUUAUAAUAAUAAUUAAUAAACGUGAGACAGCAAC